UUCUGCCUGUGCAACCCCGUAGUACGCACUCAGUCUAUAUAAACAAACGUUGAAGCGCUUCAUGUUCAGAAGCGCUCAGAGCGCUCCAGAGUGUAGAUCAAAAAAGGGAAGGGAGCAGUCGGUAGCCAUCUUACAUAGGACCAAAACACAAAUAUCUCGACUAUAAAGGCAACCGACAGCAGAGGUCCCUGGGAUAUCGCCUUCGGAGACUUUCCGGUCACCGUUGGCGGCCUGACCAGAGUCGUGGUGACAAUUUAAAGACUGUUCCUGCUCACAAAGCGGCGUGCCGAGGAAGGACGCGUCUCUUUGAAUAGACAGGAUGCAUGGACCGCCCUCCGGCGACAGCGCAUGCCCAUUGCGCACGAUCAAGAGAGUUCAAUUCGGCAUCAUCAGCCCAGAUGAGCUUAAACGGAUGUCCGUUACGGAGGGGGGUAUCAAAUACCCCGAAACAACAGAAGGAGGACGUCCUAAAAUGGGUGGCCUUAUGGACCCGAGACAAGGGGUCAUAGAAAGAUCUGGGAGAUGUCAGACAUGUGCAGGCAACAUGACAGAAUGCCCUGGCCACUUCGGGCACAUAGAACUGGCAAAGCCAGUCUUCCACGUCGGCUUUGUAACAAAGAUUAUAAAGGUUAUGCGUUGUGUCUGCUUCUUUUGCUCAAAGCUUCUAGUGGAUUCGACGAAUCCAAAGAUCAAAGACAUCCUAAUAAAAUCUAAAGGGCAGCCCAGAAAACGUUUGACACAUGUGUACGAGCUGUGCAAAGGAAAAAACAUCUGUGAAGGAGGAGAGGAGAUGGACAACAAGUUUGGAAUGGAACAGCAGGAGACUGAGGAGGACAUAACCAAGGAGAAGGGUCACGGGGGCUGUGGGCGCUACCAACCCCGCAUCAAACGCUCUGGCUUGGAGCUGUUCGCAGAGUGGAAACACGUUAAUGAGGAUUCGCAGGAGAAGAAAAUUCUGCUGAGCCCUGAGCGUGUCCACGAGAUCUUCAAGCGCAUCUCUGAUGAAGAAGACGUCAUCUUGGGCAUGGACCCGAAGUUUGCCCGACCAGAGUGGAUGAUUGUAACUGUGUUACCUGUGCCUCCCCUGGCUGUCAGGCCUGCUGUAGUUAUGCAGGGCUCUGCUCGAAACCAGGAUGACUUGACCCACAAGCUGGCGGAUAUUGUCAAAAUCAACAACCAGCUGAGAAGAAACGAGCAGAGUGGCGCAGCGGCUCACGUCAUCGCUGAGGAUGUCAAACUGCUCCAGUUUCACGUAGCCACCAUGAUCGACAACGAGCUGCCAGGCCUUCCAAGGGCAAUGCAAAAGUCUGGCCGUCCUCUCAAAUCCUUAAAGCAGCGUCUAAAGGGGAAGGAGGGGCGAGUCCGAGGUAACCUCAUGGGUAAGCGAGUGGACUUCUCCGCCCGUACCGUCAUCACGCCAGACCCCAUGCUGCAAAUCGACCAAGUGGGCGUGCCUCGAUCUAUCGCAGCCAACAUGACCUUCCCUGAACUCGUCACACCCUUUAAUAUCGACAGAUUACAAGAGCUGGUGCGAAGAGGGAACAGCCAGUACCCAGGAGCCAAAUACAUCAUCCGGGACAACGGAGACAGAAUUGACCUUCGGUUUCACCCCAAACCAAGUGACCUUCACCUGCAGAUCGGCUACAGGGUUGAAAGACACAUGUGUGAUGGCGACAUCGUCAUCUUCAACAGACAGCCUACACUACAUAAAAUGUCUAUGAUGGGGCACAGGGUCCGAAUCCUGCCGUGGUCAACGUUUCGACUCAACCUCAGUGUAACCACCCCAUACAAUGCCGACUUUGACGGGGACGAGAUGAACCUCCACCUGCCUCAGUCCCUGGAGACGAGGGCGGAGAUCCAGGAGCUGGCCAUGGUGCCGCGUAUGAUCGUCACACCCCAGUCCAACAGGCCCGUCAUGGGUAUCGUGCAGGACACCCUCACAGCCGUGCGCAAAUUCACCAAACGAGAUGUCUUCUUAGAGCGGGGGGAAGUGAUGAACCUCCUCAUGUUCCUUUCCACCUGGGAUGGAAAAGUGCCUCAGCCGGCCAUCCUGAAGCCCCGUCCUCUGUGGACCGGCAAGCAGAUCUUCAGCUUAAUCAUUCCCGGACACAUUAACGUGAUCCGCACACACAGCACCCAUCCCGACGAGGAAGACAGCGGCCCUUACAAGCACAUCUCGCCCGGGGACACCAAGGUCGUAGUGGAGAACGGGGAGCUGAUCAUGGGCAUCCUGUGUAAGAAAUCCCUGGGAACCUCUGCCGGCUCCCUCGUCCACAUCUCCUACCUGGAGAUGGGCCACGACAUCACCCGACUCUUCUACUCCAACAUUCAGACUGUGAUCAACAACUGGCUGCUCAUUGAGGGUCAUUCCAUUGGUAUUGGUGACUCCAUUGCUGAUGCCAAGACCUACCUCGACAUCCAGAACACCAUCAAGAAAGCCAAACAGGAUGUGAUAGAAGUCAUCGAGAAAGCCCACAACAAUGAACUGGAGCCGACCCCCGGUAACACUCUGAGGCAGACCUUUGAGAACCAGGUGAAUCGUAUCCUGAACGACGCUCGUGACAAAACAGGUUCUUCAGCCCAGAAGUCUCUGUCUGAGUAUAACAACUUCAAGUCCAUGGUGGUGGCCGGGUCCAAGGGCUCAAAGAUUAACAUCUCACAGGUUAUCGCUGUGGUGGGGCAGCAGAACGUGGAGGGUAAGCGAAUCCCCUUCGGCUUCAAACACCGCACGCUGCCUCACUUCAUCAAGGAUGAUUACGGUCCUGAGAGCAGAGGCUUUGUGGAGAACUCCUACCUGGCCGGUCUCACUCCCACAGAGUUCUUCUUCCACGCCAUGGGAGGAAGAGAGGGUCUUAUCGACACAGCUGUCAAGACUGCUGAGACUGGUUACAUCCAGCGUCGUCUGAUCAAGUCCAUGGAGUCGGUGAUGGUGAAGUACGACGGCACCGUGCGCAACUCCAUCAACCAGGUGGUUCAGCUGCGGUACGGAGAGGACGGCUUGGCAGGAGAGAACGUGGAGUUUCAGAAUGUGGCCACGCUCAAACCCUCGCACAAGGCCUUUGAGAAGAAGUUUAAGUUCGAUUGCACCAACGAGCGAGCGCUGAGGCGGAUGCUGCAGGAGGACGUAGUCAAAGACGUGAUGACCAAUGCGAACGUGCAGAGCUCUUUGGAGAAGGAGUAUGAGAAGAUGAAGGAGGACAGGGAGGUCCUCCGAGCCAUUUUCCCCACUGGGGACAGCAAGGUUGUGCUGCCAUGCAACCUGGCCAGAAUGAUCUGGAACGCUCAGAAGAUCUUCCGCAUCAACACUCGGACCCCAACGGACCUCAACCCUCUUAGGGUGGUCGAGGGUCUUCAAGACUUGAGCAAAAAGCUGGUUAUCGUGAACGGUGACGACCCGCUCAGCCGACAGGCCCAGCAGAACGCCACCCUGCUCUUCAACAUCCACCUGCGCUCCACGCUCUGCUCCAAACGCAUGACCGAGGAGUUCCGCCUUUCCACCGAAGCGUACGACUGGCUGCUGGGAGAGAUCGAGGCCAAGUUCAACCAUUCCAUCGCCCACCCAGGUGAAAUGGUCGGCGCUCUGGCUGCUCAGUCUCUGGGAGAGCCCGCCACUCAGAUGACCCUGAACACUUUCCAUUACGCCGGUGUGUCCGCCAAGAACGUAACACUCGGUGUGCCUCGUCUGAAGGAGUUGAUCAACAUCUCCAAGAGGCCCAAAACCCCCUCGCUGACGGUCUUCCUGCUGGGUCAGGCGGCUCGUGACGCUGAGAGGGCCAAGGACAUCCUCUGUCGGCUGGAGCACACCACGCUGCGAAAGGUGACGGCCAACACCGCCAUCUACUACGACCCCAACCCCCAGAACACGGUGGUGGCCGAGGACCAGGAGUGGGUGAACGUCUACUAUGAGAUGCCCGACUUUGACGUGACGCGCAUCUCCCCGUGGCUGCUGCGCAUCGAGCUCGACCGCAAGCACAUGACCGACCGCAAGCUGACAAUGGAGCAGAUCGCAGAGAAGAUCAACUGCGGUUUCGGAGAUGACUUGAACUGCAUCUUCAAUGACGACAACGCUGAGAAGCUCGUCCUGCGAAUCCGAAUCAUGAACAGCGACGAAAACAAGUUCCAAGAGGAUGAGGAGGUGGUGGACAAAAUGGACGAUGAUGUGUUCCUCAGGUGCAUCGAGUCCAACAUGCUGACUGACAUGACCCUGCAAGGCAUUGACCAGAUCAGCAAGGUGUACAUGCACUUGCCCCAGACGGACAACAAGAAGAAGAUCAUCAUCACGGAGGAGGGUGAAUUCAAGGCCCUGCAGGAGUGGAUCCUGGAGACGGACGGUGUGAGCCUCAUGAGGGUCCUCAGCGAGAAGGACGUGGAUCCCGUCAGGACAACCUCCAACGACAUCGUGGAGAUCUUCACGGUCUUGGGAAUUGAGGCGGUGCGGAAGGCUCUGGAGAGGGAGUUGAACCAUGUCAUCUCUUUUGACGGCUCCUACGUCAACUACCGUCACUUGUCCCUGCUUUGUGACACCAUGACCUCCCGCGGUCACUUGAUGGCCAUCACGCGUCACGGCAUCAACCGUCAAGACACAGGCCCGCUCAUGAAGUGUUCCUUUGAGGAGACGGUGGAUGUGUUGAUGGAGGCGUCGGCUCACGCUGAGAGCGACCCCAUGAAGGGUGUGUCGGAGAACAUCAUGCUCGGCCAGCUGGCCCCGGCCGGUACAGGAUGCUUUGAUUUGCUGUUGGAUGCGGAGAAGUGUAAAUACGGCAUGGAGAUCCCUACAAACAUCCCCGGCAUCAGCGUGGCUGGACCCACUGGAAUGUUCUUUGGAACGUCGGCGAGUCCCAUGAGCGGUAUGUCGCCUGCCAUGACCCCGUGGAACACAGGAGCCACGCCUGCCUACGGAGCCUGGUCCCCCAGCGUCGGAAGCGGCAUGACCCCCGGAGCAGCAGGUUUCUCUCCCAGCGCGGCAUCAGACGCAAGUGGCUUCUCUCCGGGCUACUCCCCCGCCUGGUCUCCCACUCCUGGCUCUCCGGGAUCCCCAGGACCCGCCAGCCCCUACAUCCCAUCUCCAGGUGGAGCCAUGUCGCCCAACUACUCCCCCACCUCACCCGCCUACGAGCCUCGCUCCCCCGGAGGCUACACUCCCCAGAGCCCCGGCUACUCCCCAACCUCCCCCUCCUACUCCCCCACGUCUCCCUCUUAUUCCCCGACCAGCCCCAACUACAGCCCCACGUCUCCCUCGUACUCUCCCACCUCCCCCAGUUACUCCCCAACCUCUCCGUCCUACUCUCCCACAUCUCCCUCUUAUUCCCCGACAUCUCCCUCCUAUUCCCCCACCUCCCCUUCUUACUCCCCUACAUCCCCCUCCUACUCCCCCACCUCACCCAGCUACAGCCCAACGUCGCCGAGCUACAGCCCGACGUCACCCAGCUACUCCCCCACUUCACCUUCUUACUCCCCAACCUCUCCCUCUUAUUCCCCAACCUCCCCAUCUUACUCCCCCACCUCCCCAUCUUACUCCCCCACCUCCCCUUCUUACUCGCCGACCAGCCCGAGCUACAGCCCGACAUCACCCAACUACACACCAACCUCCCCCAGUUACUCCCCCACCUCCCCCUCUUACUCUCCAACGUCGCCCUCAUACUCCCCGACCUCCCCCAACUACACCCCGACCAGCCCCAACUACUCCCCCACCUCCCCCUCGUACUCCCCCACCUCUCCGUCCUACUCGCCCUCCAGUCCUCGCUACACCCCUCAGUCGCCCACCUACACCCCCAGCUCCCCCUCAUACAGCCCAAGCUCCCCCUCCUACUCCCCCACCUCCCCCAAAUACACCCCCACUUCCCCCUCGUACAGCCCCAGCUCCCCAGAGUACACCCCGACCUCUCCAAAGUACUCCCCCACCUCACCAAAGUACUCGCCGACGUCGCCGAAGUACUCGCCUACUUCGCCCACCUACUCCCCGACGACUCCAAAAUACAGCCCCACCUCUCCCACUUACUCCCCUACCUCCCCCACGUACACCCCCACCAGCCCCAAGUACUCCCCGACAUCGCCUACUUACUCCCCCACUUCCCCCAAGUACUCACCCACGUCUCCUACGUACUCGCCGACUAGUCCCAAAGGCUCCACGUACUCCCCCACCUCUCCGGGUUACAGCCCCACGUCGCCCACCUACAGCCCGGCCAUCAGCCCCGACGACAGCGACGAGGAGAACAACUGAGGGGAGACGGUGGAGAAGGGGGGGCGCCUGAAGAAACUCACCUUAUGGUCGGACACUUUAAGAAACCCCCGUCACCCGAAGGACAGCGCCUUUAACCAGCUGGAGGUGACGGUGCUUCUUGCCACAGGAAGUCCCGAUUGGGCGAAAUCUCUGUUUAUGGUCCAUCUAAGCCCCGCCCCCUUUACCACAUGUUCAAACUAUUAUGUGAAGACUUGACUGCUCUGCCUGAAGGAAGGAAAAAAAGGCUGCCUUUUUUUGAAAUCGUUUUUUUUUUUAUUUCCCACUGGGUGUCGGUGCAAACCCAAGGGAAUGACAAGGAGAGGAGGAUGUGGUGAACGCAUACCAGGGGGAGGAAGUGUCCCUUUUUAACUUUAUAGUGUACUGCUUCCAGUCUCUCUCUCAUUCUCUGAAAACAUCGGGGGUAUUAGUUGUGGGAAGCGUACAUAUUGCCAAAAGCCUUUUUGAAAAGUGGAUUGUAUUCAUCACUAAAAAAAAUAAUAAUCAAAGAGGGAAGGAUUAGACUUUGUUUACUGCAUACUUCACCACGGUGUAUUUUGUUAGACCCUUUUGCUGCUUUUGUAGUUGCUGCCAGUUGUGGGGGUUUUAUGCAACAAAGUUGGAGCAUUAGGUGUUAAAAAUGGUCGAGAGGAAGGAUUGUCCAAAGAGGAAAGUUGGAUUGGAGAGAGAAACUGGCUUGCAGGGAAAAAGAAAUGUCUCUCUUGAACAUCAUUAAUACAUAACUGUAUGUACCCAUCGCCCUCUCCUCCUUUUCCUUCACACCCCCAAAGACAAAAACUGAAAGAUGUCAAGAAAACACCCACCAGCAUCCUCUUGUCCUCUACCAUUUUGGAGACUCGUGCAUCGAAAGCAAAAAAAGCUAAAACUUUUCAAGAUACUAUUCUUCCCUUGACACUGGGAAUUAAAAGAUUUAUAUGGAAAAAAAAUAAUCGAAUGAUUAUUCUGUCUUUAAUUUUGAAUUCUAGGAGGAAAUGGAGCACUCGUGGACGAGGGAAAAGUAGUGUGGCGUUGCUGCUUUGUCAUUCUUUGCAUGAGUAGCACAUGUUAAUACAUUUUAAUCAAACUUUAGGUUUAAAAUUUGUUUAAAUCCCUCCCACUUCUUGCUAAUCUUCGUCCCAUUUCUGAUAGCUGAUGUGUACACAGGUUUAUUUGGACUAUUCAAUAUUAUUUAAGAAUGACAGUUUACUAUUCUGUGUGAAUAUGAAUAGAGGAAAAUUAAGAUUUUUUCUUUGGCUUUUUCUCUUGUUUUGGUGACUUGGUAAACCUGUUAGCAGGAGGCUCAUGUUCAUACACUGUGGAUGAAGGGGCAGGGGACGGCUUUUUCAUUUUAUUUUUUCGUCUCUGUUCUUUCUCCCUAACAGUUUUUUGCCAUUGCGGUGACUGCUGUAGUCUCUAACGUUGCAUGAUGUCACCAUUUUGUGAUGGAGGCUAAAAUUUGAGUGCUCAGUCUGGGGUAUUCACUUCUCGGGAUGCCAGAGGGCAACAUUUGUCCUCCUGUUUGUUGGCCUUUGGAACAUUUCAUUCUCGUCAAAGCAGAGAUUCUCAAAAGAAACAGCACUUUUGGUCUCUCUCUAAAAACAACAACCUUACCCACUACAUUAGUGUGAAUUUUCUUUUUGAAUAUAGGUGCUUUCUCACACGACUCAAGUGUGUUUGGGAACCGUCUGUACACCCGAUGACGAUAGUGGAAACUACUUUCUUUUCCUUGUUCUAUUUCGACUCGGUCUCUGAAAUUAAUAGCUGGGUCUCCUCCCUCUUCAUCCACAAGUGAUCCUCAUUUCUGAAAUCAAGUGUUUCUUUUUUUUUCUACCAGUGUAUUUACCUGUGACGAGGGAAAAUCAUGGGGAAGGGGGACGUGAUGAAUCUUGACUGGGAGUCCUGAGAUAAAACACAGCCAGUAAUCUUUUGGGUUCUGAAAAUGUUAAAAUGAGUUGUCAUGAUUUUUGAAACAUUGCUACCAAGAUAGGUCUUGAAUUGAAAGGACUGCAUCUUCUGGCCUUUUGAGAUAAAGCAGGUUUGGUAAUUGCACUUAGUAAAUAUUGUGGUGGACCUAAGCCCCAGACAGUGAUAUUUUUGUGCACUAUGUUUGCAUCUAAUCCUGUUGUCUUAACUGUGUGCCGUCCAUUUCAAUUCAGGACAUCGGGGCUCCCAGGUGGUAUGAAUGUGUGUGUGUGUGUGUGUGCGCGUGUGUCUUAGGGCCAGACAGGGUUUCAAACUGAGGAAAGACUUCACAUGUCUGGGCAAAGGAAGGGUUAACUUGAAAUUGCCACUGUAAAGAAAUCAAUUCAUUAUCUCAUUCUAUGUAUCUUUGUUCUGUUUGUUUUUUGACUUUGAAAAAAUGAAUAAACGUUUUACUACA